GAAAAAUCCCCAAUUUUUUGGCCUCCUCCGCCUUCCCCCUCGUUGCCUCUCGAAGAAAAAACCCUAGAUCCCCACCCCGGCAUCCCCCCCAAGGCGGAGGCGGACCAAAGCUGCGAUCUUUUCUUCGAAUUGUCCGGGCAUUGUCUCUGCGACCGACUAUGAUCGUUCAGGUUUCUUGCAUUUGAUUUGGCGGUUGAAGAUACGAUACCUUGGCUUGCCUGCGCGUUGGUUGAUGUUGCGUCGCUCUUGAUGGUGUUUUCUGGAGGGGACAUUGUUUGUGUCGUGCUGCGAGCUGAUUUGAUGCGGAGGUUGAGCUGCAGAUGCGAUGAAAAGGGUAGAUUGUGGGUGGAAGGUUGAUCCAAGACACGAUGGAUACGAAAAGGAUCGUGCUUUUCCUCUUUUGUCUCAUUUUUUUCCCUGUUCUGGUGAUGAAAGAAUCAGCGGGGAGGCAGGGAGGGGAGGGAUUGUCAUUGGCUUUGGGAGAUGCUAGGUUGAUGAGUCCCCCCAUGAUGCACGAGGACACGGGUGUGAUGCGUGUUUCUAAAGUCAUAAGAUCUCUCUCACCAGACAUAAAGCAUGCAGUUUUCAAAUGCCUAAUUAGGAAAGGAUUCCACUUUGAUGUUUUUGAAGAUGAGCAUAAACUGAAAAAUCUGUAUAUGGAAUGCUUGGACUUCAUACUUACUCUUCGUCCUGUUCCAAGAAGACAUUUAGCAGAUCAACCUCCAACUGCUGCACCUGCCUUGUCUCCAGCUGCCGGACCAUCUCCUCCUCCAGCUUCAUCACCCGAUGCUAGAGCUGAACCACAAACACCUAGUCCUACUCCAUCACAAGAUUCUGAUCUAGCAUCAGCAAGCUCUUCAUUCCCUAAUGAGUCCUUCUCAGAUUUGCCAAGUGACAUCCCUCCACCAAAAGGUCCAAAACCAUCCAAAAAGAAACGACAUGCUGCUCCACAUGCACCCAAGGAAGAGGAAAACAACCAAACAAAAUUAGUUAUCAUCGCUGUAGUGAUAUCUUCAGCUGUGACAUCUCUUCUUCUUGCAUGUGUAUUCUGUUGUUAUCGGAAAUGUUGUAGGGAAAGCAAUGACUCAUUUAGUGGAAGGGAUGAGAGGCCCCUCUUGCAUCUAAGCUUAAGUGAUUUGUCUGGUACGUCAAGUAAGUCAUUUGGACCAAUUGGUUCGAAUCAUAGUGAUAAUUUUGGAGGGUUGCCACUUAAAAAUGGACCACUCCAAAAUGGUCAUGUAUUUUCCUCAGAUCUCAACUCAGACAAUACCUUACUACCUGACAGACUAUCAGGAUAUUCCCAUACUUCAAGUAUUCCAUCGCCUACUCUUUCAACUGUUGUUCCACCUCCACCUGCUGCUAUCCCUCCUCCACCUGCUGCUAUCCCUCCUCCACCUGCUGCCAUCCCUCCUUCACCUGCUGCCGUCCCUCCUCCACCUGCUGCUCCUCCUCCUCCUCCAUCUGCUAUGCCUCCUAGUAAGGCGGCUCCUCCACCUCCUGCUCCACGACCACCAUUGUCUAACCAAAAGCCUGGUGCUGGGCUUCCACCACCACCACCGAAAGCUGCACUUCCUCCUCGUCAAUCUCAAGGAAGUUCAAGAACCAUACGACCACCAAUUGCACCCAAUCCAGGAAGCCUUGGUGCAGCUGGUAAUGGCAAUAGUUCUAAAACAAAGCUGAAGCCAUUCUUUUGGGAUAAAGUUCUUGCAAACCCAGAUCAGUCCAAUGUCUGGAAUCAGAUUAGAUCAGGAUCUUUCCAGUUCGACGAAGAGAUGAUAGAAACACUAUUUGGCUACAAUGCUGCUGGUAAAACCAGAGUUGAAAUAAAGAAGCAAUCAACCACUGGUGAUCCUCCUAUACAGUACAUUCAGCUUCUUGACCCCAAGAAAUCACAGAAUUUGGCAAUAUCAUUAAAGGCUCUGAGUGUCAAAAAACAAGAAGUCCAUGAAGCACUCAUGGAAGGAAAUGAGCUUCCUAGUGCUCUUCUGCAAACAUUGUUGAGAAUGCAACCAACCACCGACGAAGAGUUGAAACUUCGGCUGUAUAAUGGUGAUUUGUCCCUACUGGGGCCAGCAGAACAAUUCCUAAGGGACUUGGUUGAUAUUCCUUUUGCCUAUAAAAGGAUGGAUGUCUUGCUAUUUAUGUCUUCUCUACAUGAAGAUGUCUCAAGCAUAAAGGAUUCAUUUGCGACUCUUGAGGUAGCUUGCACAGAACUCAGAAGCAAUCGUCUGUUCUUAAAGCUAUUAGAAGCUGUUCUUAAAACUGGCAACCGCAUGAAUGAUGGCACCUACCGUGGAGGUGCUCAGGCAUUUAAGCUUGACACGCUCUUGAAGUUGUCAGAUGUUAAGGGUGCUGAUGGGAAGACCACUCUGUUGCAUUUUGUUGUCAAAGAGAUGAUUCGCUAUGAAGGUAUACGUGCUGCACGUGUGGCAAGACAAAGUGGUAGCAUGUCCAGCCUGACAAAUUACAGCUUUUUCACUGAUGAUGUAUCUGAAGAUUCGCUUAAAGAAUCUGGAGACGAAUUGCGUAAUCUUGGCCUUACGGUUGUUUGUGGUCUUAGCGGUGAGCUUGAGAAUGUCAAGAAGGCAGCUGGAUUGGAUGCCGAUGCCAUAACAGGUACAGUGGCAAGCUUUGGUCGCAGGUUGAUAGAGAUCAAGCAGUUUCUGAACACAGACAUGAGAAAUCUGGAAGAGGUUAGUGGGUUUCACGAUACCCUCAAGUAUUUCGUAGAGCAUGCUGAGGCUGCCAUAACUUUCUUGUUGGAAGAAGAAAGGAGAAUAAGAUCCUUGGUGCAGAGCACCACAGAUUAUUUUCAUGGGAGUGCAGCAAAAGAUGAAGGUUUACGGCUAUUUGUUAUCGUGCGAGAUUUUCUUGGCAUGAUAGAUAAGACAUGCAAAGAAGUAAGGGAAUCAUCUAAGAAAGUUUCAAAGGCACCAAAAGCUAAGGACAGUGCAACUGCAAAUCCUACUCCUGAUCCCCGACAGCGACUAUUUCCUGCAAUUACGGAUCGGCGGGUAGACAGUUCCAGUUCAGAUGAAGAGGGGCCCUAAAAUUUUGUCAGAAAAAGGUGGAAUCUGAAGCUUAUCAUGUUAUCAGCUACCUGGGAUAUUCUGGGCAUAAGCUUCUGUCUGGAUUAUGCAAGACCAAACAAACUAUGACUUGUUGAACCUGAUCCCUCUGCCAGUUCCAGCACAUAGAUCACAGGAAGAAUCAAGAAAGGUUCGAACAAGAACGAUAUGGUAUUCGACCCGAGGGGGGUGGGGAGCACUCAAAGCACCAUGAUAUGAAGGAUAUGUAGAACCCUCAGCUGUUACCAAAAUUUCUGGUCUAACCAGCUAAUCCAUGGGAGCACAUGUAUUCUAUUUUUGUAAGUAAUGAUAGGAAUAUAAAGAAAACAAUUAGGUUGUUUUUUA